UUUUUUUGGUCAAUCAAUUACCUAAAUGACCAUGAAAAAAACACGAUUUUUGCUGAAAAGUUUUCACAUAGAAAUCAAUCUGAUGAUAUUAUCAACCUUUAAUUGCUGUUAGUUAGUUCAAACUAGUUGAGUGGAUUAAAAAAUCUCACUUGGAAGGCGUGUUCAUCAAUCAAUUGCUCUUGAUCAUAAUUAAAACUAUCAAGUAAUUUGGGUAAAUCUUAUUUUACCAAAACUAUUUGGGAAUUUACAACGUUUCCAUUUCUUAAUUGCUCAAGUUCAAUUUUCUUGCAACAAUUAACAAAAAUGAAUAAGAUUAUUAUUGGACUUUUUGUUAUCUGCGUUUUAAUUGGUUCCAUUUCUACCUGUAUAGAUACUCGUGAUUAUCGCAGGUUCGGACCACCCUAUCGUGUAGGAUUCGGAGGUUCCAGUGGAUAUUAUCCUGGACCUUAUGAGUCCAAUGGAUAUUAUCCUCUGUCACAUGGUUAUUAUGUUUUCGGCUACCGACCAAAUUAUGGACAUCGAUACGGUUACAAUGGACACGGACACGGACAUGGGUAUGGACAUGGAUAUGGUUAUCCGUACAGUUAUCGAUUCGGGCGUUGAAUCUGUUCAAUUAAUCAAAUGGAGCUGAUAAAUGAUCAUCGUUUUGUAUCAAAUAUAAUCAAUUGUUGAUUAAAAAAUAAAGUAAUUAAUUGUAGACUCAAUAA